AUGAUGGGCUUUAUGAGCUACUUUGGCGGCCGUCGAGACCCGAAGCAGUCUGCACGGGAUGCUAUAGUGACGCUGCGGCAACAGCUGCAGAUGAUAGAGAAGAAGGAGGAGUACUUGCAGAAGAAGAUCGAUACCGAGCUCAAGGCCGCGCGGGCGAAUGCAGUCACGAAUAAGGCUGCUGCGACUGCUGCUCUACGGCGGAAGAAGGCCAGCGAGCAAGAAAUGGAUCGACUACAGGGCACACGGUUGCAGCUUGAGAUGCAAGUCAACACACUAGAGUCCGCCAACCUGAAUGCUGAGACUAUGGCCGCAAUGAAGAAGGCUUCAGACGCACUCAAGGUCAUACACGGCAAAAUGACGAUGGGUGAUGUGGACUCGCAGAUGCAAUCGAUGGCCGAACAGCGGGAGUUGGCGAACGAAAUCGGAGAGGCGAUAUCGAAUCCUAUAUACGGAGGCAUGGAACUGGACGACGCCGACUUGAAGGCAGAGCUAGAAGAACUAGAACAGGACCAGUUGAACGAGAGAUUGAUGGGGGCCGACCAUGUCCCCGUACAUACCCCACCAGGCGCGGUCAAGACUACUCAGCCACCACAACGCGCCGCAGUCGAAGACGACGAAGAUGCCCAGCUUCGGGAGCUGCAAGCCUCACUCGCCAUGUAA